UGGGUUUUGGAGGCUUUCAUACUUGGUUGAAAGGGUGCUUUUGGUUCGUGUAAUUUCUGUAAAUUAGGGUUUGGAAUGGCCCUGUUUGGGUGGUCUCCAUCGUCGUUCUCAUUGCUUCAAUCCCAUAAACAUUCUUCUAAAACCCUAAUUACAGUUUCAACAACCACCAAUCGCAAAAUCCAUCCAGUUUCAAUCUCGUCUGCGUCGCCCGGUCUCCGUUAUCCAUGUCUCCGGUGCUGCGCAACUGACGAUGAAUCUUCUUCAACAAGAAUCUUUAUAAAAGGACUGCCACAAUCCACCUGUGAGGGAAGUCUGAAGAAGGCAUUUUCACAGUUUGGGGAAGUCAGCAAAGUGAGAAUCAAGAGAAAUAAAAUUUCUUCUCAACCUUUGGGAUUUGCAUUUGCUUGGUUUACAACUGAAGAAUCUGCUCAAUUGGCUGUGAAAAUGAUGGAUGGAAAGGCAUGCAUCUUUGAUAAUAUUUUGUGUUUCGCACUAAAUUUUUUGAGGCAAUAAAGCCCUUUUCAUCAAUUAAAAAUUGGUUUCCUGUUCAGUUUUUUCAUGGCAGGUUUGUAUUUGUUAAAAUUGCUAAGCCUGGACCUUCCAAAAGGCAUGUGAAGGCAGCACCAUACAAGUUCUAAUGUAAGGAUCUUCCAAAAUUCUCUCUCCUUUCAAUGUGUUCAGAAGUAACUCCCAGAAAGAUUAGCUUCUCAUUAGAUUAUCUGAAUUGCUUAUUCAACAACAAAAUUCAUAAAUGUCUUUUAUUUUG